AUGUCGCAGCAAACAGAAGUAGUUGGACCUGGAAGAGGAGUUCCUGACGAUCAUCAAUAUGCUGCAGAAAGUGCCUUCUACCCUUCCAGGACUAUUGUCGUGCAGAAUUUUCUACCAGAAGCAGAAACACACGUACGAAGUCUCGUGGCCAUGUUUGGAGUUAUAGAAGUCUGUGAAAUUAUAAGGGAUGAUUCUCCCUCAUGGGUUGCUGUGGUACAAUACAGAUCAAAGGUGUCUGCUGCUGAUGCUCUUCUAGCUAUGCCCUAUUUCAAGGUUCGUGGCAGUCAUCUUGUAGUGCAUCUCCUGUGGAAUGGUCCUUACGAACAAAUUGAUGCCUAUACACAAAGUGUUCGCCAUUCAUUUACAGAGUGCAACGAGAAGCGUGUGGUGUGCAUUGGUCUUUUGCCAAGAAAUAUUUCUGCUGAAGUGAUUGGAAAUAGGUGUCAAACUUUUGGUACAGUGCAUAGCGUCAAAAUCCAGCCUCAAAACCAAGGAGCUUUUGCGUACGUCGUUUUCCUGAGUCCUUUUGCUGCAGCCAUUGCUACAUUCUGCUUGCGAAAUAGCACUACGAGCAGUGCAGCACUCAUGCUUGGUUACAGUGAAGAUGGAAACCCAGUUCUCCUGGGUCCUGUUCGUGUCCGUCCAUUAGAUCAGUAUCCUGCGCCUUUGAGCAGUUUCGACCUGCGAUGCAUCUGUGCAAGAUUUUUCGAUUAUGCUUGUCUGAGAGGUUUGUUUGUUGACUUAAAGCGCAAAGCACCAAUUCAUCAUUAUGUCCGCCCAGGUAUGGCUACAUUUUGUGUGAGGAUCCCAACUGCUCAAGUAAAAGGUGUAUCUCUGUUUAUUGAAAUUCUGCUCUUCGAAGAUGAAUCCUUUCAAAAUGUUGAAGAAGUGGCUCAAAAACACUACAAUUGUUUUACUCAUAAAACCUUAUUUUCUGUAAAAUUCAUUUUCAGGUUUUCUGCAGAUUUCGGCUUGCACAAACCCGUACUUUCACAUAAUGACGGAGCUCAGUCAUCUAGCCAAAGUAUUCAGUGGAAUUCGUUCUUUGUUCUCGACUUACAGGUUUGUCGGCCGUGGCUACACUUAGAACCUAAACUUACUCCAAUAAUCCAAGGAAUGAACCACAUCUAUAGCGAAGUUAAUCCUCAUGUCUUUGAAGAAGAACAUUCUACAACGUGGUUCGGAGAUCCCGUCCGUUAUGGAGCGACUAUGAUAUCUGCAUGCAGUGCAUCUUCUAAAACUGCUGCACUCGAUGUUGUUAAUCAUCAAAACAAAAUUAAGUUUAUUGUUAUGGAGAAUAUUCCGAUUAUAAGACUUGUUGGUUCUCGUGACGGUUUGAAUGGGUAUAAAAUACCAAUUCACGUGUACUCAGGUCGACAGAAAGAUGCAAAAAUUUUGUAG